AUGGCUAUUAGACAGUGGUGUCGCCUCCGGACCAUCGGCCACGGCUCCACCGCCACCGUCUCCCUCGCCAUGACCUACCCCUCCGGACACCUUUUCUCCGUCAAGUCCUCCGAGCUGUCUCUCUCCGCUCUCGUGAGGAGAGAGCAGGCCAUUCUCUCUUCUUUGCACCACCCCAACAUCGUCUCCUGCCUCGGCUUCAACGUCGCCGCCGAAGCUCCUCACGGCCGUCUCUUCUACCACCUCUUUUUGGAGUACGCUCCCGGGGGUUCGCUCUCGGAUUGUAUGAAGAAGCACGGCGGCCUCCUGGAAGAGGCCGUGAUCCGGUCCUACACGCACGACAUCCUUCAUGGCCUCGCUCACCUCCACGCCAUGUCCGUGGCGCAUUGCGACGUCAAGAGCCAGAACGUCCUGAUAUGGCCGGAGGGGCGCGCCAAGAUCGCGGAUCUCGGUUGCGCGCGGUCGGCCGCGGGCGACGACGAUGCCCGGUGGCCGAUCAUGGGCACGCCAAUGUUCAUGGCGCCGGAGGUGGCGCGCGGGGAGGAGCAGGGCGCCCCGGCCGAUAUAUGGUCGCUCGGGUGCACGGUCAUCGAAAUGGCCACUGGUCGACCGCCUUGGCCUGACGCCGUCGACCCGGUCGCAGCCCUGCACCGCGUUGGAUUCUCCUCCGAAGUCCCGAACCGCCCCGGCUGGUUGUCGGAAGCCGGCAAGGACUUCUUGGACAAGUGCUUGAGGAGAGACCCGAGAGAGCGGUGGACGGCGGAGCAGUUGCUGGAGCACCCCUUCGUGGCGAAGACGAGUCCAGCGGACUGUUGCUUCCUGGAGAGCAGUUCGAAUCAGGUGGUGGUCUCCCCAAAGAGCACACUGGAGCAGGGUUUAUGGGACCCUGUAGCAGAGGAGGAAGAAGGAGAAGAGGUGGCACGUCGAUCCGACAGCCUGGCGGAGAGGAUGCUGCAAUUGGCAGGUGACGGCUUUCCGGCCAUCGAUUGGAGGUGGGACGACAACUGGAUCACAGUUAGGAGCAGCGAAGAGGAUUCUGCAUAUGCUACAGUACAUGAUGACGAUGAACUCAACACCAACAGCAUCAUCGAUCACAUUACUUCAGAGGCAAAGCAUGGUGUUCCAGAAUGUUAUUUCUGUUUAUAUCCCAUCAUCCUCGAGGAGAUCCGAUUCCUGAAGGAAGAUCGGUCCUCCCUGCAACACGACCUCUUCGACGCCCGCGAGAAGCUCGCCGCCGUCGAGUCGGAGCACGUGGCCAAGAUCAAAGAUCUGAACUCCUCCGCCAAGCAUCCCGAGGAGGCGGUCACCGCCCUGGAGAAGAAGGCGAAGGAUGCGGCGAAGGAGCACAAGAGGAGCGUGGAGGAGCAGUUCUCUGCCGUGGGGACUGCAAUAGCGCGGUUCGUCCAGCUGACCAUCGAAUUGAAGUCCGACGCCGACAGAUCGGCGCGCUUCCCCACCCUGGGAACGAUCGGAUUCGCGGGCGUGGCGGCGGCGAUGACGCUCCUCCGCAAUCUCGUCAGGCGGAGGGAAAUCUGGAGCGAGGGCGUUCACGAAGUAGCUUUGGGUCUCGUGUAUGAUAUUCUUGAUCCUCCAAGUUCUCGAGUUCUCUGGAAGCUUCUUGUGAAGCUUGAUUCCAAGCAAGGUUCUACAGUCGCUUUCGAUGGUGGGUGCAUAAUAUCCCAACAGAUGGAAUCUUCAUUCGCAAACAUUAUACUGAAUGCUUCGAUGGUUCCUGUGGUAUCUUGA